GUUCCACUCAUUGCUGAGUCCUGUCCCUGUCCCCACUCCCCUAUUCCUGGCCCCAGACCAUGCCUUAGGUAGGUGGCAGGCCACUCAGCCUGCCCUGAAGUCACUGUGGGGGAUGAAGGGGAAAGCCAAGUCUUCACUUCCACCCCGCCCACCAGCUACCCGCUGGGUGAGCUUGCCGAAACCAGUGGCCCCCUGCGUGCCCAUUUCUCUUCCUGGUCCUGGCACUGCCUACCAAAGAGAAAAGAUAUUCUUCCCAGUUUGUACCUUCCCUAGUUACUGGUUGAGGGGGCCAGGGACAAUUAGCCAAGAUAGGCACUCCUUGCCAGCACAGCACCAGACCCAUGUUCUGGUGCCACUGACACCCCAGCUCUGCAGGGUCCCGGACACCCUCAGCCAGAUGACUCCUGACACAACUCACCUGACCUGGGUGAGGCCUGACCUGCAGCAUUGGCCUGAGUCAUGGGGGAUGGACUCACCGCAGAAGCAGGACCUCCGGAGGCCCAAGAUCCAUGGGGCAGUCCGGGCGUCCUCCUACCAGCCACCCACACUGGCCUCCCUACAGCGUUUGCUGUGGGUCCGUCAGGCCGCCAUGCUGAGCCACGUCAAUGAGGUCUGGCCCAACCUCUUCCUAGGAGAUGCGUACGCAGCCCGGGACAAGAGCAAGCUGACCCAGCUGGGCAUCACCCAUGUUGUGAAUGUUGCUGCGGGCAAGUUUCAGGUGGACACAGGUGCCAAGUUCUACCGUGGAAUGUCCAUGGAAUACUAUGGCAUCGAGGCUGAUGACAACCCCUUCUUCGACCUCAGUGUCUACUUUUUGCCUGCUGCUCGAUACAUCCGGACUGCCCUCAGUGUCCCUCAAGGCCGUGUGCUGGUACACUGUGCUAUGGGGGUGAGCCGCUCUGCUACAGUUGUCCUGGCCUUCCUCAUGAUCUGUGAAAACAUGACACUGGUGGAGGCCAUCCAGACGGUGCAGGCCCACCGUGAUAUCUGCCCCAACUCAGGCUUCCUCCAGCAACUCCAGGUUCUGGACAACCGACUGGCGCGGGAGAUGGGGCGGCUCUGACUUGAUGAGCAGCCAGGAGACCUGACCUUCUGCUCAGCAUGGCCCAACCCAAUAGCCUGGCCCUAGGGACAGCAGCCUCUGCUGUUUCCAAUGACCUUGAGGUAUAAAUAGCAAGUGGGGGCUUAGCUGAGGCAGAAGAAGGGAGAACUGAGUGGUGACCUUUAGCAGGUGAAUUUCCCUGACCCCAAUCCAAAGAUUCUUUAUACAAAAGAGUUCAGUCUGUCUCUAUAAUAAAAGAUUCAUCAUAAUAAAGACAGGAGAUCUCCUGGA